AGUAAAUGCCAGCAAUCGGCAUGUGCACUCUAUUAAGGCCGCAGACUCAUGAAUUGGCUCAUGUGCCACUAAAUUGAUUGUAUCCGGUUAUCUCAAGUAAUCAAGUGCUGGGUAGGACACAGUGUAACUAGGGCUAGUCUAUAGAGGGCUACAAUGUUAUGUAGCAACGGGUGAACUUGUAUGAAUCAUUCGUGGAUGCCAAUUCGACAAACAGAAGUUCUCGGUCAUUGAUUUUGUCAUGGUUUUACCUGGACUCGGGGCCUCAUCACUGGCCAUCCUUUUCCUCCAAGUUUUGGGGAAUAUUGUAACUGGUGUGAAAGAUGACAUGAAGGUAGCUGCCCAGACGGUGGGUGCUCCACCUUAUUCUAUAGUUGGGGCAAGACGUGCUCCUCCUUACUGCCCAUUGACUAACGAUCUUGCGUUGAAUUGGACAAAACCUAUGGGAGACAUUGAGUUUGCCUAUCUCAGUAGCUUCAAACAGCUGUGGUGCUGUGCUAGCGGAUACAGGAAUAUCUCAUGGAGACGGAAAUCUGAAGGAUCGGUCUGGCAGAAUAUCAAGUAUGGUGCUGGCAUCAUGCUCAAUAUGACUCAACAGCAACUCAUAAUCCGAAAGUUCACUAAAGAAGAUGAAGGAGUUUACCAAUGCAGAGCAGAAGGUCGCCGCCAAGGACAGCAGAUGAUUACACAUGAAUACAGAGUGAUCAUGGAUGACCCUCCAGUUUGUAACACAGAAGCUACUCCAGUAUUUGGCAAUCCCCACCAAAAUGACACUGUAUAUGUUGGACGAAUUGGCGAAGAUAAAACGAUAACAUGUUUGGUGUCAUUCGGAAAGAAGUGUGGCAUGUUUGUUGAUCCAUUAGCGGUGGUAAGGUGGAUCGAAGCUGUCAACGGUUCUUGUUCAGAAUAUGUAGAUUAUCAGACAGAUGCAAAAACAAUAGCUACGGGUGAAGACCGUCUCUUAAUGAGUGGAGAUCUCUUACUCACGAACAUAACAGAGAGCGAUUUUGGGCGACAGUGGUGUUGCAAGGCGUCCAAGAAUAAUAGAGACUACACCACCAUGGUAGUUGGAUUACAAGCACCAAUAAAACCUCAAACAGUCGUUAAAACGGAGCCAGCAAGUCUGAAACUGAUUCUGUCAGUGGUAUUGUCUGCUGUUGGUGUCACCAUCAUUACGUUACUCCUCCUCUGGGUCUACCGUCUUGAAAUAUUACUCCUUCAUCACACCAAGUACGGGAAAAGACCACAGCAAGAAAACUUUGAAUAUUUGCACGACCUUAUCCUCAUCCAUUCAUCAGAUGAUUACAACUUUGUCCGUGAUGUCUUAGCUGCCAAUCUUGAAGAUAGGUGGCACUAUAGAGUCUUCCUGCCGAAAAGAGAUUUAGAGAUUGGUUAUGAAGAUGCAGCAUGGAUGGAAGGAGUGCGGAAAUCAAGGAAACUUGUGUGGAUUGUCUCAGCAAAUUUCCUCGCAGAGCAGAAGUGCGGAACCAUUCACAAUUACAUCAUUGCCGAAAAACGCAACAACGACGUUAUCUACAUUCAUUAUCACGAUAUACCCAACCGAUUAUGGGAAUCGAAUGAUGUCAUACCAAACAUUGAAGUUUUGCACAAGUCUGUGAAAAAUGCUGGCCGGAGCUGGCUUCGUCUUGGAAAGACGCUGCAUUGGUGUGAAGACUAUGAUGAGAAAAUAGAGGGGAGAAUCGUUUUGAACGCCAACAAAACAAAAGUUUUUGCUAAAUUUUGGAAACAGUUACGUUUGUAUCUACCGCCAAGAAAUGAAAGGGCGCCACCUGAGAAUUCCGAAAGUCGACCUCAUAGAUCAGAGGGUGGGGGAGACCAGGGCACAAUUGCAGUUUGUUGUUAACGUUUUGUAAUUUGAUAUCAUAUCGUACAGGACAGAUUGAAACAAACUACGAGUAUAUUGAGGACAAUGACCUUUCUUUCGUUUGGUUAAACAUGUAAUUGAACAUCUGUGACCAGGCAAUGUUUGGUCGGUCUUGUUACAGGUGGUCAUUCAGGACGGCUGUUAGUACUUUCUCACUUGUCUACAGGUGGUAUUGUCCCUGCAUGUUCUCUUAUCAAGUGGAUUGUCUUGAGUGAAUACCGGGCUCUCACCAACAAUGUGGACGGAGUUCCUAUUUAGUGGACACAACAGGUUUUGCCUAUGGCUUUUAGAAUGCUUGUGUGCAUUUUCGGAUACAUAUCAGGACUGCCCCCUAUACAUGAUGCGCUGGCAUUACAAUGAGAUCUUCCUCCUGUAUAAGAAGUGUUAAGAGUAGCUGUCACUUCAUCAUUACAUCGAUGCAAAGCCUUCUAUAUUUCUAUUAUUUUGUAAAGAAAUAAACUUCUUUUGAUAAAAUCGCUGCAUUGGUUAGUUUUUCCCUCUGAUCAAGAUUGUCAUGGAGAUUAUCCGUCAUAGAAUCACAGAUGGCGUAUGGUGGAAUCGAUGUUCAUUAAUCUGUCAUGUAUAUUGUAG